UCCCCUAAGCACCUUUCUUCUAGCUGUCUUCUUAUCCUACACCCCCCACCACCAGGAAACAAAAGACCAGUGGAGAGUUUGACAGUAUAGUUUCUCCAAUAUUCCCAUAGGGGACCUCUUAGUGCAAUUGCAUUUGCAAAUUUGUGUGAGAUUUUGAUUUAACCAGAAGCCAUAGUGAUGACCGUUAAUCUAUGUUGGAUAGAAUUCUACUGUAAUUUCUGAACCCCCUCCAACCCCGAUUGUGCCCGAUGCUGUUUUAUCUUCUCAGUCUCAUUCUUAUGGCUUGAUCUGCUUGGAUUUGGGCUUUUCUUGAUUAAUAAGCUAUGCCCAUUUCAGUUAAUUUCUUAUUUAUUGAAGGGGAAAGCAUCUUCUUUUUAAGCUGCUGGAGUUAUUCCAGUUAUGUGUGGGAUUCAUGUAAAGGUUAGGCUGUUAAAUGUAGUUUAGUUCUAUUUAUAGAAAAUCCCAUCAAUGUGGUCUAGUUUGGAAGGUUUGGAUGGAUAUAUGUGAAUCAGAGAGACGAUUGCCAAAGCUUGCAGCUGUGGAUACCACAAGGCCUCCUCUUGUUCCUGCUGAAAAAAACAAUGCACCACUCACGACUCGACAGCCUCGAACUAGGGAAGUUAGUUCGAGGUUUAAAGCACCUAGUCCUUCGACAACGUUUGGUCCCAGGCGUUGUCCAUCUCCAAACCUUACUAGAGCAACCUCUACUCCUUCCCAGUUGCCGCAAAAUAGAGCUGUAUCGGCUGAGAGGAAACGCCCCUCAACACCACCUUCGCCUCGAAGUCCAUCUACACCAGUUCAUGAUUCAUCAAUAGCUGUGCAGAUACCAUCUAGAAGGCUAUCAACAGGCCGCACACCUGAAAGUUUAUGGCCUUCUACUAUGAGAAGUCUUAGUGUUUCAUUUCAGUCUGAUACGAUUUCAAUUCCUGUUAGCAAAAAGGAAAAAGAAAAACCAGUUACUAAUGUUUCAUUGGAUCGUACUUUGAGACCUUCUUCAAAUGUGUCUCAUAGACAACAGUCUGAGAAAUCUACCUUAUCACGCAAGCCUACUCCAGAGAGAAAGAGUAGUCCUCUUAAAGGGAAGAAUGCACCUGAUCAAUCUGAAAAUGCUAAGCCAGUUGAAGGUUUGCCUGGCCGAUUGAUAGAUCAGCAUAGAUGGCCUAGUAGAAUUCGUGGGAAAUUAUCUUCCAAUUCAUUGAAUGGAAGUGUGGAUCUGGGUGAUAAUAGGAUUGUCAAAAGUUUAUCCACUCCAGUUCCAGGAACUGGGUUAUCUUCACCGAAGAGAAUGCCAAUGUCUGAUAGUUCGGGUAAACCUCUAAAGAAAUUUGCUAACGACACUACCAGUUUGUUAUCACUCAGUGAAAUUAGUCGAAUAAGACCUGAGGUAAUUUCAAUCGAUGAUAAAUCUCUGCGAGUAUCUGGACCUGCAAGGCUCCUUUCUGCAAGUUCAUUGGACAAAAUGGCACUGGCAACUCAUGCGCUCAAAUCUCUGUCUUUGUCUGCUCCUGGAUCACGACCUCACACACCAAAUAGGACCUCUGUUUCUAGGGGUGCCAGUCCUUCUCGGGCAAGACCUUCCACUCCACCUCCAAGAGGGGUCAGUGCAACUACAAGGGGAGUCAGUCCAUCUCGGAUGAGGACAUCCACCUUAUCUAGUCAAUCCCACAGCUCAACUUCAGUUCUUAGUUUUAUUGCAGAUAUUAAGAAGGGAAGAAAAGGUGCAAACUACAUAGAGGAUGCUCAUCAACUCCGUCUUCUUUAUAAUCGAUAUUUGCAGUGGCGAUUUGCUAAUGCCCGAGCAGAAGCUGUGCUGUACAUUCAGAAAGUUACUGUAGAGGAAAUUUUGUACAAUGUCUGGAAGGCUACUUUGGGUCUAUGGGAUGCCGUGAUCAAGAAAAAGAUCAAUUUGCAGCAGUUGAAGUUAGAGCUCAAGCUGAACACGGUUUUGAAUGAUCAAAUGGGAUAUCUCAACAAUUGGGCACUACUUGAAAGAGAUCAUAUAAGUUCUUUAGCUGGAGCAGUAGAAGAUCUGGAGGCAAGCACUCUGCGUCUUCCCGUAGCUGGAGGGGCAAGGGCAGAUAUCGAAUCAUUGAAAGCUGCUAUUUCCUCUGCUGUUGAUGUGAUGCAGGCUAUGGGCUCCUCCAUUUGUUCUUUACUCUCAAAGGUUGAAGGAAUAAACAAUUUGGUCUCCGAACUUGCUGCAAUAGCUACUCUAGAGAAAAACAUGCUCGACCAAUGUGAAGCUCUCAUGGCUUCAACAGCGGCUAUGCAGUUAGAAGAGUACAGUCUUAGGUCUCAUCUCAUACAAACAAAACAAGCUUUGGAGAGGAAUAAGCAACCAAUGAUGGCAGCCAAAACAUUAUUUCCAUGGCCAUAAAAAAAAAACCAGCUGGUAAGCUAAUAAUAUUCUGCCAAUAUAUUAUUAUUAUCAUUUAAAGUGAGAUAAAAAUUAAUUACAAAAUCUCUGCUCUGCCAGCCCCGGUAAAAUGUAAAUUUCCCCCCCUUUUGUUUCUAUUUUCCUUUUUUAACUUAAAUGGUAAUUUUUUCUUCUUUCAUUUUUUUUACCCUUUCAAAAGAUGGAGUUACUGGCUCUAUUCUUUUUCCCUACGUGUAAUUUUUGUAUUACCAUAUGAAGAAAAAAAAAAGGCAAAGGAAGCAAAAUAUUUGAGUUCAA